AUGGAAAAUUUGCUCCAAAGUCUUGAUUUAAUGGGAUACAUUGAUGAUACGUGUCCAUCUCCGCCUCAGUUCUUGAUUACUGAUGAUGGGAUAACUACUGAAGUUACUAGGGAAUUUAUGGAAUGGAACAAAAAUGAUAAGGUAGUGCUAAGUUUUAUAUCUGCCACUAUAUCUAGUGAAGCAUUGUCCUCUUUAGUUGGCAAGUCUGCACCUAAUUCUGAAAAUUUGUUGAGCAACGAUGUUGGAAAUGAAAAUUUCACACUGUUUCACAAUGGGGCUUCUCUUAGCUCUAACAACCUUGCAUCUGAUCAUCCCAGGUCUAUCAAAUUCAUUGAAGGAGCAGGCAACAGUGGUUCAAUUGUGCAGGUUCCAUCUGCCUCAGCCACAGUCCAAGCAGUUGCAAGUAUUAUGGAAAAAGAUACUAACGAGACUGUAACUAAUGGGGAGACCAGAAAUAUUGAGAAGACUGAAAAUGACGAGAAGAGAGAGAAGAAAGAUGAAACUGCAGACCCAAGUACAGGUGUCACUUUGAACUCAUUUCAGAAGCUUUCGAGUAGCCAAAAUGCCUUCACAGAUCUUUCUGGAACUGGGUUUUCCACUUCCACCAUUUCUUUUGAGCUUAUUUCCAAGGAUCGGUCUGCAUUGAGGACUAGCUCAAGUUCACUUUUUGAGUCAAAAAAUGCUCUGCCUUCUGGUCUUGGUCUAUCUAAUAAUGGAAGUUCUUCACUCUUUGCCACAGCAGGCCCUUCAAUUGUGUCUAAAGAACAAGAAUUUUGA